AUGGGCACACACCCCCGUGGUGAUGCCAUCAUCCGGGAUAACCGCAUCUCCCAAAAAACGCUGGGCCAGUGGAUUGCUGACAACCCUGCCUGCCUGGGGGUGAAGGUGAAGGACGCCUUCCAGGGCCGCCUGCCCUUCCUCUUCAAGGUCCUGUCGGUCAACACCGCCCUCUCCAUCCAAGCACACCCCAACAAGGAGCUGGCGGUGAAGCUGCACGCCCAGUUCCCCGAGCACUACCCUGAUGCCAACCACAAGCCCGAAAUGGCCAUUGCUCUCACCCCCUUUGAGGGCCUGUGUGGCUUUCGGCCAGUGGAGGAGAUCGUCGCCUUCCUCCAGAGUGUCCCUGAGCUGCGGGCGCUGAUUGGGGAGGUGGCAGCAGAGCAGCUGGAGCGCAGUGGCAGCGAUGACCCCCGUGGUGUCUCGGCUGCCCUCCGCGUCUGCUUCACCCGCCUGAUGAAGAGCGAGAAGAAGUUCUUCGUCGACCAGCUCAACAUGCUGGUGAAGAGGAUCUCCCAGGAAGCGGCAGAAGGGAAGGACACGUCAGGGAGCAACGGGGACCUGCUGCUGCGCCUGCACUCCCAGUACCCGGGGGACAUUGGCUGCUUCACCAUUUAUUUCCUCAACCUGGUGAGGCUGGAGCCGGGGGAGGCCAUGUUCCUGGGAGCCAACGAGCCCCACGCCUACCUGCACGGAGGUGAGCAUCAUGGGGGGCUUUCCUCACCCAGGACCUCGCAGGGUGGCCACGGUCUCCUGCAGAAGGUUGCCCCCUCCCUGGGCUGUGCGGGAGGGCUGGGGGUGCGGGGAGGGCUGACGGCGUUGUCUCGUCCCCGCCGACUACCGGGCGUGCAUGCGGUGCGCGCCGGGCUCACCCCCAAAUUCAUCGACGUGCUCACCUUGUGCGAGAUGCUCAACUACACGCCGGCACCCAGCAGCUCCAAGAUCUUCCCGGCUGCGCAGAGCCAGCUCGACCCCAGCGUCUACCUCUACGACCCGCCUGUGCCAGACUUCACCAUCAUGAGGAUAGAGGUCCCUGCCUCCAUCAAGCUGUACCUGGUCUCCGCUGUGGAUUCUGCCAGCAUCUUGCUGGUGAUCCAAGGGACGGCUGUGGGCACCUCCACAGCUGCAGCCUCUGAAAUGAGUCUGCGGCGCGGCUCCGUGCUCUUCAUCUCCGCCAACGAGAGCAUCUCCCUCCACCUCUCCUCACCCGAUGGGGUGCUGAAAAAAAAAUCCCUCCUCUGA